AUGGAAGCUUGUCACUCUCCACAGCAAUCCAAUGUCACUUCAUCUGGGGCCAUAAUUUUGGCCAUCAUCAGCCUGGAGGCAUUUGCUGGCAUGUGGAUAAAUGCUUUCAUCGUUUGUCUGCUUUGCACAUGCUGGGUUAAAGUGAAAACCCUGAACUCUAAUGAGAAGAUCUUGCUGCUGCUGGGAUGCUCCAGGUUUUGCUCUUUGUGUUCCUCAUGGAUAUAUGGCUUUCUUUCAAACAUUUACCCCAACUGCCUUCUGGUUUAUUCCAUAUUUCAAAUACUUGGAGGUGCUUAUAGCUUUUCUAAUUGUUCUAGCUUGUUUGUUUCAGCCUCUCUUUGUGUUUUUUAUUGUAUAAAAAUUGCCAAUUUCAGGAACAGGUUCUUCAACUAUUUGAAAGUAAAAAUUGACAGGAUGGUGCCAUGGCUUUUGUUGGGGUCAGUGAUUUUCUCCCUGAUUAUUGGAAUUCUCAUCUACAACACUGUGGAUGAAGCUGUCUGUAAAAACCUCAAUUUCACCUGCCAAGGAAGACUUUGGAAAGCAACUAUCAGUCUAGAGGAACAUUUUUAUCCUCUUUUUUUUGUCACUGGUGUUUUAUACACCACUUCACUCAUGGCAGUCAUCUUUUCUGCUGUUUUCCUUCUCUUUUCUCUCUGGAGACACAAACACAAGAUGCAGACAAACUCCAUGAACAGCCCCAGUAUGGAAGCCCACAUCAGAGCCAUGAAAUCUGUUCUCUCCUUCUUCAUAAUGUACAGCAUCAACUUUGUAUGUUUGGUCUUGACAAUAACCUACAUCAUGAUGAAUCAAAAUAAUAUGAUUGUUUUUAUAUCCAUAUAUCUGUAUGCUUAUCCAGGUAUUCAUUCCCUAAUUCUGAUUUUAAGCAAUCCCAAGCUGGAAAAGAAACUGCUGAGAUUUCUUUCCUGUAUGAAGUACAAGAUUUGCAUGAGGUAA